ACAAAACUUUGUAAUUCGAACGAAACUCACGGACAGUACGGAGCAUGUGUCGCGUCGUGCAAGUUUUUACUUUCCAUUCAUGUUUUUUAAUAAAAGUUUUUUAAGUGUGUUUUUCGUCUAAAUAAAAGAAAGUCUAAGGAAGUUUUUAAGAAAUUCAACGGUGUUGCCAGGUGUUACCAGGUGAAUGUGACCGUUUUGUGUUGCGUUACCUGGGACUUUCCUGAAGGGACAACCUUACGGAAGAAAGUAAUAAAACUGUUCAUUUUUUUUAUAUACAGUGCGUUUAUCCAAAAAUAAAUCAAUUUUACAUGAUAUAAAACCAAAUAUUCUGACAUUUUAAUUUUGAUAUUUCGAAAACGUACACGUGUUUACUUUUCUAAUAAUCAUCGUAUUGUGCAAGGUGUUCUAAGAAAGAUCCGUGACUCUUUAUCGCUAUAACGACAAUUUUCCUCUAAACUUGCUUGCUGACAUAAUAAUUUUACUCGACGACAAAUAUUGACAUUUGUUUAUAUCUUCACGAAUUCUUGUACAUUUAACACGUGCACGAAUAUAAUUUCAGAAAAAUGAAUAUUACAACGGUAUGCCGUAAGAAAGCGUCGAACGACACGUAACACGACGAAGUUGCAGACGCGAUGGAUUAAUUUUCGAUAGGAAAGAAGAAAUAAGAGCCGAAUGUUUGAAAACGUUACGGAUGCUUCAGGAUCGUCGGUUUUCCGAAAGGAGGAGGGACUAGGAAUGCAAGUAAAAGGAAUGUUGUCUCACAGGUGUACGUCGUAGUGCUCUUUCGUUGACCGUCCGUUGAAAGAAAACGUAAUCGAGGCUGAACUUAACAAAAAUGAGGAGAUCGUACAGGAAUUGUUGGUAUUCGUUCGCGUAACUCAACCGUGAGAUUGUAUGACGUUCUCGUAGUGAAGUGCGAAGGAAGUGCAAGUGGCAAGAGAGCGGUACAGCAAGAAUUUACCAGGUAAAACAUGGAGAUGCUGUGGAGAAAUGCAGUGGCGGACCUGUCGACCUUCCUCAGCACGAGGACGCGGAUUUUAUUUGCCGCUGUCUAUUUCAUCUGGAUCGCUGGAAGCGCCUGCGCCACAGAGACCCUCCAGGAACCGCGCUUCACCACUCAGCCUUCCAGUAGCGGCAAUAUUCUUAGCGAAAAUCGAACGAAAUUUCUGCAGUGUCAAGCGAGAGGUUAUCCUCAGCCAAAGUACAAGUGGUUCAAGGAUGGGGUACCACUCAGCAACGAGCUUACUUCGGAGCCUUAUUUCCGAAUACAGAGUACACGCAGAGAAGACGCAGGGGUUUAUCAUUGCGUAGCCACGAACGACGUAGGAUCUAUAUUUAGCGAAAGAAUUACGUUUGCAGUAGCCUAUAUGGGAGUGUUCGAGGACCUCACAGAAAGGAUAGUGAGCGUAAAAUCUGGUAGCGCGGCUGUUUUAACGCUCCCACCGAUAGAGAGUCAUCCUGCACCUGACGUUACAUGGUUCACCUCCGAUGGUUCCUUGUUAUACGGCAUAAAAUACGCCUCCGUUCAUCACACGUUGCUUAUCCUGAACGGAUCUGAGAGCGAUCAGGGCCUGUACAGAGCCAGAGCUAUCAACACGCAAUUAGGGAAGGAGGAGAACAGUCCGUUCUUCAAACUGCAAGUAACAGGGGAUGUGAAUGCUGAUGUGGCGCCUACCAUCAUAGUGAAACCUCAGGAUACUCAGAUCAUCAAGGAUCAGGAUGUUACUUAUAUACAUUGUAUAGCAAAUGCUAGGUCGCUUCACGAGUUACGAACUUUAUGGACGAAAGACGGGAUUCCCAUCGAGAAUUCCAGGAUAUCGUAUAGCUUUAACGACUCGUGGAACAGAACUUUAGCGUUGAUAUCGGCAAAUAUAACUUAUACCGGUGUAUAUUCUUGCCAUGUGGAUCUGAGAAGCGGUGGUUACCCUACGGUGAAUGCGAGCGCCAAAGUUGUCGUCUAUGAGAAACCAGCAUUUAUAACAGAAUUGAAAAGAGAGACCUUAAGUGAUUAUGGAUCAACUGUAACACUGCCAUGCGAUGCUGUUGGCGUUCCUCCUCCUAACAUUAGUUGGUUCCGUAAUGCUGAGCCUGUGGACCAUCUUCUUGGAUCUAGGUAUGCUAUGGAAGAAGAUGGUUCUCUAACAAUUAAAAAAUUAACUAUGGAUGAUUCAGGAAUGUUUCAAUGUCUUGCUGCCAAUGAAGCUGGCGAAGCAUCCAGUUACACUUGGUUAAAAGCUAAAAAAGGAUUAGAAAGCAGAAUGAAAAACAGAGUUGCCCGCUGGGCAGCUGGCUACAAUGUAGUCAGAGUUCGCCAAUCUGAUCGCCGUUUUAUGUUCUCUCAGUAUCCAGACACAUCUGGACCAAUUAUGGAAAAUGGUCCACAGAAUCUUACCAUAUUAGAUGGAAAAGAUGCGACUUUAACGUGCAAUGCUGUAGCUGCUCCAAUACCUAAUACGACGUGGAUUUAUAAUGAUACAAUUCCUGUGGAAAUCGCUGGAAGAGUACAGGUCUUGGAUAAUGGUGAUCUUUUGAUAGCUGCUGUUAAACCAAACGAUGCAGGAAAAUACACUUGUAUUCGAGCUAACGAAGCUGGCUCUGUAAACGGUUCAGCAUAUCUUACUGUUUUAGUUCGAACACAAAUUGUUCAACCACCUGUUGACACUUCUGUUCUUCUCGGCUAUACUGCUGAGUUACAGUGUAAAGUUUCCAACGAUCCAAGCGUUUUAUACGAUAUCGCUUGGUUUCACAAUUCACAAGUAAUAAAUACGCAAGCCAGUCAAAGAGUAAAAAUGCGUAGCGAUGGUACAUUGGAAAUAGUUGCUGUUCGAGCUUCUGAUGUAGGCGAAUAUAUGUGCUCUGUGGUUUCUCCGGGAGGGAACGAGACUCGAUCAGCCCGACUCAGCGUAAUUGAAUUACCAUUUGCACCCAUAAAUGUAAUGGCAGACAGAGUGGAGCGAAUUUCUCCUCGUACUAUAAACGUUAGUUGGGUGCCAGGUUUUGAUGGAAAUAGCCCAACGAAGAAAUUUAUAGUUCAGAGGCGAGAGGUCUCUGAUCUUGGACCAAUCCCUGAUUCUGCAUUAAAUUGGAUCACUGAAUGCGAUAAUGUAUCUGCACAAAGUCGAUGGGUGUUGUUGAACAAUUUAAAAGCAGCUGCUGCGUAUCAAUUUCGAGUGAGUGCAGAAAAUAGUGUUGGUGAAGGACCUCCUUCCGAUCCAAGCAAUGUAGUAGUUCUUCCUCAAGAACCCCCUAGUGGACCACCAGUAGGAUUCGUUGGUUCCGCUCGAUCAUCCUCUGAAAUAAUAACGCAAUGGCAACUACCAUUGGAGGAAUACCGAAAUGGCCAUAUUUUAGGAUACGUGUUGAGGUACAGAUUGUAUGGCUACAAUGACAGCCCUUGGACGAUACAGAAUAUAACCAACGAAGCGCAAAGAAAUUAUCUAAUCACCGAUUUAAUCACGUGGAAAGACUACAUUGUACAAAUAGCAGCGUACAACGAUAAAGGUGUAGGCGUGUUCACUGAAGGUUUGAAGAUUAAGACUAAAGAAGGAGUACCGGAAGCUCCGCCGACUAACGUAAAGGCGAAUGCCGUUAAUUCAACGGCGAUAAAUGUUUGGUGGAAACCUCCGAAUCCACAGAAAAUUAAUGGAAUAAAUCAAGGUUACAAGUUGCAAGCUUGGAUCGCCGAUAAUUUUACAGAAGCAAACGAAUACAAGUCUAUGAGCGUACCGCCUAGCCUGUUUGAUCCUCUUGCAGAACAAAGUGCCAUUAUGACUGGUUUAAAAAAAUAUACCUUGUACAAUAUAACCGUAUUAUGCUUCACCGAUCCGGGUGACGGUGAGAAAAGUUUACCCGUUCAAAUUCGUACACUGGAAGAUGUACCUGAACAAGUAGAAAAUUUACAAUUCGAGGAUAUAAGUGAUCGUGCGCUUACCGUUAAAUGGAGUCCUCCGCAAGAAAUCAACGGCAUUCUCACUCUUUAUCAAUUAAAAUACAUGAUCAAAGAUGUAGCAGAUUCUUUAAAAAUUGAAAACAUCACAGCAGACGUUUUAUCAGCAAAAAUUGAACACUUACAAGCAAUGACACAUUACAAGUUUGAAGUUAUUGCUUGGACUUCGGUUGGUCCUGGGAAACCAAGAGUAGCCGUCAUUCAAUCCGGUGUCGAGCCUGUUCUUCCUGAACCACCGACUAAAUUAGCGCUGUCCAAUAUAGAUGCAUUCUCUGUCGUUCUUCAAUUCACGCCUGGUUUCGAUGGUAAUUCGUCUAUAACGAAAUGGACGGUGCAAGCACAAACUACUCGGAAUACCACUUGGUAUAACAUAUACGAGGUCUCGGAUCCUGAUGCUAGUACAAUCACUGUGGGUGGCCUAAUUCCUUUUAUGCAAUAUAAACUACGGUUAAUAGCUAAUAACGUUGUCGGUGCUUCUCAACCUUCUGAACCAACGAAAGAGUUUCAAACGAUUCAAGCACCGCCGUCACAUCCUCCUAGAAAUGUUACCGUUCGUGCAAUGAGUGCUACGGAAUUACGUGUCAGAUGGAUUCCUUUACAACAGGUUGAAUGGUAUGGUAAUCCAAGAGGAUACAAUGUUACUUACACCGAAGUUCGAACAAAUAAGUCUAAAAGUAUAACCAUAGAGGACCAUACAGCGAAUUCCUAUAUUUUAGAAAAUAUGGAAGAGUAUGCUCUUUAUGAAAUUGUAAUGCAAGCGUUUAACGAUGUCGGAACGUCUACGCUAAGUCCUAAAGCUAUUGAAAGAACUCGUGAAUCAGUUCCCUCAAUGGGACCAGUUAAUGUUGAAGCCAACGCGACUUCUUCUACGACGAUAUUAGUGAGAUGGGGUGACGUUCCAAUAGAACAUCAGAAUGGUCAGAUAGAAGGAUUUAAGGUUUACUAUGGCGCAAACGCUAGAUCUGCAUUCCAAUACAAAAACAUUCCUAGCAAUACUACUUUUACAACCACUUUAACAGAGCUUCGAAAAUUUGUUCAGUAUCAUGUACAAGUUCUAGCUUAUACAAGACUCGGUGAUGGAACUUUAAGUACACCGCCAGUUAGAGUACAAACAUUCGAAGAUGCUCCAGGACCUCCGUCAAAUGUAUCGUUUCCUGAUGUAAGCUUCACUACUGCUCGCAUUAUUUGGGACACUCCAGAAGAUCCCAAUGGAGAGAUUCUUGCUUACAAAGUUUUGUUUCAUUUAAAUAGCAGUCAGGAUCAUCAAUUUUCUAAGGAAUUUCCUGCAUCAGAUAGAACUUUUAGAGCGACUGGAUUAGAGCAAGAAAAGUAUUACAUGUUUUCAGUAACUGCACAAACGAGAUUAGGUUGGGGUAAAACGGCAUACGCUCUCGUUUUUACUACGAAUAACAGGGAACGUCCUCAAGCACCAUCGAUGCCACAAGUAAGCAGAUCCCAAGUACAAAGUAGACAAAUAACAUUUAGUUGGACACCUGGUCGUGAUGGAUUUGCCCCACUACGUUAUUAUACGGUACAACAGUCAGAAAAUUCAGGACCGUUUCAAACUGUUCCUGAAAGAGUAGAACCAACCUUAACAUCUUACACGGCAAAUAACUUGAAACCUUUUACGUUAUAUCAAUUUCGAAUACAAGCAACUAACGACAUUGGUCCUUCAUCUUGGAGCACAGAAUCUGUUCAAGUUCAAACUUUACCAGCAGCGCCUUCUAAGGGUGUUACUGGAUUAAAAGUUGUUCCAAUAACAACCUCAAGUAUAGAGGUUCAUUGGAAUUCAAUAGAUGAAGUAUAUUGGAGUGGAGAUCAUGAAACGGGUGGUUAUCGGGUCAUUUACCAACCAGUUUCUGAUUUUCCAACAGCUCUUCAAGAUACACCGAAAGAAGAAAUAUUAGGAAUAAAAGCUACAAAAAUCGUUUUAAGUGAUUUAACAGAGGAUAGAUACUACGAGAUAGUAGUAUUACCUUUCAAUUCCGAAGGAGAAGGUCCGUCAAGUCCUCCAGUAACUGUAUAUGUGGGAGAAGCGGUUCCCACGGGAGAACCGCAACAUUUAAAAGCAGAACCAAUUUCUUCUACAGAAGUUCAGUUACGAUGGAAACCACCUCAAGCUAAUAUGCAGAAUGGAGAUUUAUUAGGAUAUAAAAUUUUCUAUUUAGUUACUGAUUCUCCUCAAGACUUAGAAAACAAACAAGAAGAAGAAAUAGAGGUUGUUCCAGCAUCUUACUUAACGCAUAGUUUAGUAUUUUUGGAUAAAUAUACAGAAUAUCGGAUUCAAGUAUUAGCAUUUAAUCCGGCUGGUGACGGCCCACGAACUCCACCAAUUACCGUUCGAACUAAAGAAGAUAUACCUGGACCUCCAUAUAAUUUACAGUUCACUGAAAUUACAAUGACUAGCCUUAGAGUUUCUUGGGAAGCACCAAAAUUACGAAACGGACAAAUAGUUGGUUAUAUUGUUACAUAUGAAACAGCAGAACAGAACGAUCGUUUUAGUAAGCAAGUAAAGCAGAAAGUAACGGAAACAAGCUUGUUAAUUCAACCUUUAGAAGAAGAAGAAACUUAUACCUUUAUGGUUCGAGCACAAACCAUUGAUUUUGGUCCACCUAUAUCUGGAAACGUCACAACAGGUCCUCAAGAAGGCUCACCUAUGGCACCUAGCAAUCUUGCUGUUACUAAAACAGUAUCUAGUGUUGAAUUACAAUGGACUAAUGGAGCUUCUGGGAAAGGACCUAUUCUUGGAUACUAUAUUGAAACACGCCGGAAAGAUGACAGUCGUUGGCAGACAAUAGUACGCAGUAGUAAUGGGCCAUUGACAGAGUAUUCUGUAUCUUAUCAAAAUUUACUUCCAUCCACAUCAUACUUAUUUAGAGUGAUAUCAUAUAAUCGUUAUGGAAUCAGUUAUCCGGCUUAUUCCACUGAAACGAUAUUAACUCCGUCGAAACUGUAUCUGGAAUAUGCGUAUUUGCAACACAAACCAUUUUACAGACAAACUUGGUUCAUGGUUACUUUAGCUGCUACUUCAAUUAUAAUCAUUAUAAUGGUCAUAGCUGUGCUAUGUGUAAAAAGUAAAAGUUAUAAGUAUAAACAAGAAGCACAAAAGACACUUGAAGAGUCGAUGGCAAUGGAUACAGAUGAUAGACAAGAAUCAGAUUUAGAACUUUAUAGAUCAAGACAAGGAGGAGGUGGUGCUAUCAACAUGGCAAGUGCUUGUGGUACUUUAGGUAAAAGGAACACUUUAGCAAGAAAAUCCAUGCAUCCUCCUCCUCCUACAAUGUUAGGUAAAUCGCCUCCUAGACCCUCACCAGCCUCGGUUGCAUAUCAUAGCGAUGAAGAGAGUCUUAAAGGGUAUGAUGAAAAUCCCGAUGAUAGUAGUGUUACAGAAAAACCUUCAGAAAUUAGUUCAACAGAUUCACAGGGAUCUGAAAGUGAAAAUGAAAGUGUACAGUCAGAUCCACAUUCCUUUGUAAAUCAUUAUGCUAACGUUAAUGAUUCCUUAAGACAGUCGUGGAAACGUCAAAAACCAGUUAGAAAUUAUUCUUCAUACACUGAUUCUGAACCUGAAGGUAGUGCGGUUGUUAGUUUAAACGGAGGUCAAAUUAUUAUGAACAAUAUGGCAAGGUCGAGGGCGCCUUUACCCGGCUUCUCGUCGUUCGUAUAAGCUGUUCAUAAUACGAUGACAAGGGUUUGUUCAGUAAGUAAGGUGCCGAUUUAAUAUAGUAACAUUCAUAAUCGUUAUUGGUUUUGAAAAUUUAGGAAAGAAUAUUUUAAACUACUAAACAUAUACACGAAGAGACUGGUUGUUAAAAUUUUGAUCAAUUUCAUAGAGUAGUUAGGAUUUUAAUAGUUCGGCAUUAAAAGUACACCGAGAUGUACCAGAGUUAAAGACUUACGUUGAAACACGUGUUUACAAGUGUUUCACGCACGCAGAUACUUCGUAUAGUAAUUUUAAUAUGCUUCUGGCACCGUCAUAUUGUGAUAUAUUGAGAUACAUAUUAUUUAUAAUUUUAGAUAAGGUGUAUAAUGAAUAUUUUUUACUUUUAUUAAGUAAAGCUGAAACAAAAUAUUGCAUGGAUCUCUAAAAAUGCAAUGCUUAUGCAUUUUUUUUUUUAAUUGUAAGAACGAUAUACUAUUCAAAGUAAUCUGUUAAUGUAACAGAUUAAAAAUUCAGUAGCAUAAUAUUGUUGAUAACAAACAAUAAUACAAUAACGAAAACUGCCAGAAAAAAACUACAUAAUUAUUAACAUUAGAAACAAAAUAAUAUUUUAAUACAAUACUAAUAUGAUAAAACCAAUGAAAUCAUAUUCUCUACUUAGAACUUAUGAAUACAUAUUCCAUGAACUGAACUCAUUGUAAUGUCAUUACAACUUGAACAAAAAAUGUUUUUGAUUCAUUCUUGAAUAUACAUACUUCGAAAUAGAAGUAUAAAGUGUAAAAUGUCAACUUAGAUUUGUAAGCACUUUACAAUCAGGCCUAUCAUAUCAAUUUUUGAUAAGUUUCAUAAACUGAAGAUGCCUAAGUUUGGUAAUAUUAGAAUGGUAAAUAAAUAGCAAACGUAAUAAUUGUUUACCUAUAAUGCAACUGCGUGCAUUUCUAUCUAUAAGUAAUUUGUUUUUAAUAUUAUACUGUAUGAUGUACAUAAAACUUCUAUAAAUUACGAGAUAGUAGUAACAUAUUCUAGUAUGACACUUGUACAUUUAGUGCACAGCUUAGGCAACGUUAGGUAAAAAUUUAAACUGAAUAAUCUAUAAUAAAUAGCGACAUGUAUUUAUCUUCUUUAACUAUAGUUACUUAUCAUUUAAAUAGAUGCUGGUCUAGAAUCAUGAGACAAACAAUUUGACUUUAAUACAUUGACAUUUGCAUAUAAGGAAUUUAUGAAACUUGUUUAAUUUUUAAUAUCAUUACUUCAUCUGUAGUAUAUGUUAUAUUCACAGUAUUGCAAACUACUAUCAUAUAAAGGUUUAUUCAAUUUAGGAAAGUAAUCUUUUUUACCGUAAAACAUUUAUUUAAUGCAAUUAUUCUUUCAUACAAAAAGCGUUUUAAUGUGAAAAACAUUUUUAACUAAUAUUGAUACAUACUACUUGAAAUGUUUUUCAGUUUUUAGCAUUACUUUUAUAACAAAGAAAUCAAAUGGAAAAAUUUUGACGAAUGUAAAAGUAAUUCCUAAAAAUAUUCUUUGACAAUAUAUGCUGAAAUUUAUAAAUUUAUUAUUAAAAAUGUGAAAGAAAAUAAAAUGAAAUGAAAGCAACUGAAGUUUCAAAGUAAUGGCAGCUAUACUUCUCUAUCAUAUUUGAUAGAACAAUUACUUAUUGUAAUUUGUUGGUGAAAUAAGAUUGAAAAGUCCCGAUUACGUAUUAUCAUCAUCAUGAACUAGAUAGCAAGUUAUUUGAUACAUAUUCGCUUCGAAAAACUUUUGCUAACUUUUUUUCGUCUUAUCAAAUAACUUGCUUUCUAAUUAGUAUUAAUUUCAUCAUUCGUUAAUAUCAGUCAUCAAUCAUUACCAUGUGUCAUAAAUGUUUCUUUAUCUCCUCAAACUUGUAGAAUUGAUUCAUUUUUGCAACACUGCCAAUAAAUAUUUUAGUUCAAGAUUAAACUUAAAUUACUUCUGUCUAGGAUCUAAUGUAAUAAUGACGCAUUUAAUCAAAGUACAUUUUAAACUAAACCAUAUUUAUAUAAGUACUUUAAGUAAAAAUCUUAAAUUUAGGCAAUUUUAUUGGCAAUAUUUUAUGAUUUUAAUGAAUUAUGUUUACUAGGGUUUAAAGUACUUUUGAAAAAAUUGAAACUGUGUUCAUACAGAUAAUAAAUGCAUUUUAAUAUGAAA